GCGCAUUGUUGUCCUUUAGUGAUUGGUUGCUGGACCCGAAGCAGCUGUGCAGAGCCGGGCGGUGUAAAGAACCUGAAUGCAGGUUAGCGGGCGGCUGGUGACUCACACGGGGGAUCGAGGGCGAGAGAGGAAGAGCCGGAGGCCGCCACCUCUGCGUCUCCCAGGCGGCGUGGACCAGGUGCCCCGGCGUUUGCGGCUGUCGCAGGGGCUCCCGGUGGCGCCCCCUCCUCCGGCUCUUGCCCGCCUCGGGGUUGGCGCAGGUGGGGCAGGCAGGGCACCGCAGACCUCCCGGUUCCCACCGAGGGGGUUCUCGCUCUCUCCGCGAGGGGGAGGGAGCAUCCUAAAAAUAUGUAAAUAUCCAAGCGCUGACUCCAGGCCGGGGCACCGGCCCGCGGCCCCCGCGCCGCCGCAGACUGUUUUACAUGAAAAAGAGAAGCCUGCCGCGAUCGGUGCUCUAACUUAAGGCAGCUCGGUGAUUAGCAUGAGACUAGGCGGCUGCCCUGCUUCCUGCCCUUCAAGAGCCGUUCUGCGCGCUCGCGACCGAGCGGCGGUGCCACCGUGCGGGUGUGGAUCGGCAGGCACGGCCUCGUUGGCAGCCAUGGCUCCCGACGCCCCCUCGGCCAGUAAGUAGGAGCAUGCAUGUGUAGGGGGGCACAUGCGUGUCGGCGCGCGAGCGCGCGCGCGCGCGCACACACACACACACACACACACACACACACGCACGCACGCACACCACCCUGAGCCUCGCAAGGAGGAAGAUUGACGAGGCGCUGCAGUUGCGAGGACGACUCGGGCUCUUCCUGGACUCCGCAGGAGCCCGCCUGCCGCAGCUGCUGUCUGCAGAGCCGGCUCGGCUCCCCGUGCACACGCGCCCCCCAUCCGAGCCUCUGUAAUGAAGACUGCCUCCCGAGGACUGCAGGGGAGGCAGAGCCAGCCUGCGCCCGGGACUGCGGGCCGCGCGGCCGAAAGGCCCUGGGGGACACGACCUGGACCCUGUCAGCCCCACGCCUCGCUCUGAGCCGCCGGGUGCCGAGGGCCUGCCGCCGCCCCUCCGGCUUCCCGGGCGCCCGAUCCCGGGUCAGCCCCGGAGGCCUCGGCUUCCUCAUUUGUUUGGGUCUUUUGUGCCGUGGCUCACAGUUGGCUAAGCACUCCUGCGCUGAAUCGGGCCAUUGUCUGCGCUCCCAUUGCUUUCACGCUGCAAGUCUCGGCGCCCCCACCCCGCCCGCCCCCUCCCCGCCUCCUCCUGGCCGGGGAGCCUCCUAACGUGCCUUUCCCCCCAGGAAUCUGGAAGCUAUAAGCCGGGCGGAUUGCAAAUGAAGUGUAAUGCAUUGUGGGACGUGUGUAAAAUCGGAGCCUUCGCCGUGGGGGUGUGUGGGGGCGUGGGGAGGGCCGGACCCGCCGCUGGCGGUGUAGACACCGACGAGGAGGGGCUGGGAAAAUGUGCGCAGAGUCCGCCCGGGUCGUGCCCGGCGUAGACGGAUGAAGCAGCGCGCUGCGCCCCGGCGCUGAGGCCCCCGGGAUCGGGGCGGCAGGUCGCGCGCUCCCCACCAUGAAGAAGACCCGGAGCACAACCUUGCGGCGAGCCUGGCCUAGCUCGGAUUUCUCGGACCGGGCCUCGGACCGCAUGAGGUCCCGCAGCGAGAAGGACUACCGCCUGCACAAGCGCUUCCCCGCGGCCUUCGCGCCCCAGGCUUCGCGGGGCUACAUGACAUCAGGUGAUGUGUCACCAAUCAGCAUGUCUCCCAUCAGUCAAUCUCAGUUUAUCCCCCUCGGGGAGAUCCUUUGCUUGGCCAUCUCAGCAAUGAACUCCGCCAGGAAACCUGUCACCCAAGAGGCGCUGAUGGAGCACCUGACCACGUGUUUCCCAGGUGUUCCCACCCCAAGUCAAGAAAUUCUACGGCACACGUUGAACACGCUGGUGCGGGAGCGGAAGAUCUACCCAACUCCAGAUGGCUAUUUCAUCGUGACCCCACAGACUUAUUUCAUUACUCCCUCUCUCAUAAGAACUAACAGUAAAUGGUACCAUUUGGAUGAGAGGAUACCUGACAGGUCUCAGUGUACCUCUCCACAACCGGGAACCAUAACGCCCUCUGCCUCAGGCUGCGUCAGGGAAAGAACGUUACCCAGAAACCACUGCGACUCUUGCCACUGCUGCAGAGAAGACAUGCACAGCAUGCUUGCUUCCACUCUGCAGAGGAAACCCGCCAAGGACUGCAAAGACCCCUACUGCCCUCCGUCACUAUGCCAGGUGCCACCCACUGAAAAGAGCAAAAGUACUGUAAACUUUUCUUAUAAGACAGAAACUCUCUCAAAACCUAAAGAUGGUGAAAAGCAGUCCAAAAAAUUCGGGCUCAAAUUAUUCCGGCUGAGUUUUAAAAAAGAUAAGACCAAACAACUAGCCAAUUUCUCAGCCCAGUUUCCUCCCGAGGAGUGGCCCCUGCGAGACGAAGACACACCAACUACUAUCCCCAGGGAAGUGGAAAUGGAAAUCAUUAGGCGCAUUAACCCGGACUUGACCGUGGAAAAUGUCAUGAGGCACACUGCACUAAUGAAGAAACUAGAAGAAGAAAAAGCGCAUAGGAGUAAAGCUGGGUCCUCUGCCCAUCACAGUGGAAGAAGUAAAAAGAGUAGGACUCAUCGCAAGUCCCAUGGAAAAUCUCGGUCACACAGCAAGACACGAGUGUCUAAAGGAGACCCUUCGGAUGGUUCUCAUCUGGAUCUCCCAGGUGACAGAGAGUAUGACUUUUGUGAUCCUCUUACCAGGGCACCCAGGGAGGGCUGCUUCAUCAUUGAACACAAAGGAGAUAACUUCAUCAUGCAUAGCAACACGAACGUGAUCGAGUCUCAUUUCCCCAUGACCCCAGAAUGGGAUGUGUCUGGGGAAUUGGCCAAAAGGAGAACUGAGAUGCCUUUUCCUGAACCUUCCAGGGGAAGCUCCCACUCAAAAGUGCACCGAAGUCACAGCCAUACCCAGGACCGAAGGUCCAGGAAUGAGAGAUCCAGCAAAGCCAAGGAGAGAUCCAGAUCGAUGGAUAACUCAAAGGGCCCUCUGGGUGCUUCUUCUCUAGGGACACCCGAAGACCUGGCUGAAGGCUGUAGCCAAGAUGACCAAACCCCCAGCCAGUCCUACAUUGAUGAUAGUACUUUAAGGCCUGCACAAACAAUUGGUCAUCAAAGGGCUCACGUUUCAUCCACGAGCUAUAAAGAGGUGUGUAUUCCAGAAAUAGUCGGUGGCAGCAAGGAGCCUUCCAGUGCUUGUAGCCUUCUGGAGCCGGGCAAACCCCCUGAGAGUUUGCCAUCCUGUCCCACAAAAACAGCUACAGAUGACUAUUUCCAGUGCAACACCUCCAGUGAGACAGUCCUCACGGUGCCAUCACCUCUGGGAAAGAACAAAGAGGAUCAUGACACUCUAACUCUGGCGGAAGGGGUGAAAAAGCUGCCUCUGCCUGACAGGCAGGCCCCACAUUCUUCUAGAGAGCCUGUAGGGCACAAGGAGGAGUCACCAAAAGGGCCAGGUGGGGGUCCAGCCGCUUCGGGCACAGGGGCAGAAGGGAUGGCCAAUGGACGCCUCGUCCAGCACCACAGCGCUGAGCCCAGCAGCCUGGACAAGAGGAAAGAGAUAUUCAGCAAAGACACAUUGUUCAAACCUCUUCACAGCACCUUGUCUGUCAACAGCUAUCACAAAUCGAGCCUGUCCCUCCUCAAAUCUCUUCCGAAGACCCCUGCCGACACACUGCCAGGCCGAUGCGAGAAACUGGAGCCGUCGCUGGGAACCUCAGUGGCACCAGCGAUGCCCGGUUCCCAGCGUCAGCAGGAGUCAGGGGGGAACCAGGAAGCCUCUUUUGACUAUUACAACGUCUCCGACGAUGAUGACUCUGAGGAAGGGGCCAACAAAAACACGGAAGAGGAAAAAAACAGAGAUGAUGUAGGCACCAUGCAGUGGCUCCUUGAGAGGGAGAAGGAAAGAGACUUGCAGAGGAAGUUUGAGAAGAACCUCACCCUCCUGGCCCCAAAAGAAACCGACAGCAGCAGCAACCAGAGAGCCACCCAUUCGGCACGCCUCGACAGCAUGGACAGCAGCAGCAUCACUGUGGACAGUGGAUUCAACUCCCCACGCACUCGGGAGAGCCUGGCUUCCAACACGUCCAGCAUUGUUGAAAGUAACCGGCGUCAGAACGCUACCUUGAGCCCAGUCCACGGCGGAGCUGGCCCGGCCUUCAACUUCCGAGCGAGCACGGACCCCGCGACCAACGAAGCAGAGAAAUUACAGAAACCUUCCAACUGCUUGCAAGCUUCUGUUACUAGUGUGUGACAGUCGUACUGUCUCCGAUCUCCUGUCUCAUUCGAUACAGCCAAGUUUACGACACUGGGACUGAUGUUUACAUCUGGGGAAAGACAAGCAUCUCGACCACAGUUUUUGUGUUUACUUAAACUGUGCUGCUAAGUAGGCUAGGGCAAAAAAAAAACAAAAAACAAAAAAACAAACAAAAAUCUUUAUUUCAGAGUAUUGCUUUUCACAUUUAUGGCUCUGUAGCAACCGAAUAGCAGUAGGGGUGAUAUGUAUACGUUUGUUUCACUACUUGUAACUGAGCACACAUAGGAAAGUCUAGACACUGUAAGUGUGGUAUGCAUUACAAUGUCAUGAAGUUGCCAAUUCCAUUUUUAAAUGCCACAGAUGCGUGUUGCUCCCAGUCUGUGGCCGGAGGGUGCCACGGAACUGAUCCUUGACACUUCCCAAACACAAACAAACAAAAAAGGACAAAAAAAGCGUAAGCCACCACAACAUGUCCAAGGCCAGGGUCCAGCUUGAGGAAGAUCAAUGUCAAACUGACCGGAAGGGACCCCAGCCCUUUGUGUGUGAAUUGUUUAUGCACCCGUCAUUUUUCACUGUGAGUUUUCAUGACACAGUUUUUUGCAGGAGCCCGUGGAAGUGUGUCAGAAGGGGUCGUGAUCGAAAUUCUGGGAGUGUUUGUUUUUUUUUUUUUCAGGAUUUUGUUUUUAAGUGAAACAGAUGCUUGUCUGAUUUUUAACCUUCCAUAAUCACGAACAGGAAUAUAGGCCUUUGAUUCUGAAGUGGGUGAAGGAAGGGGGUCCCCAGCCUGGCUGGGGCACGGCACUGAGGCACAGAAGCAGGGAGAUGUGGGCUCUCUAAUGCUGUCAGUCAAAUAUUUAAGGAAGACAAUUUCCUCCUUGUGAUCCUUAUGAUGAUCCUAUCUUACUAUAAUAGAUACAAUGAUUAGUUUGUUUAAAAGCAAAAUGUUCUUUGUGAUACAAAUGAAGAGUAUGGCCUGGGGAUGUUAUUCUUUCUAAUGGAAGGACAUUAAUCUAUUUUAUGUAGUUUUAAAUAGAAUGCCUAAAUUAGGCUAUGGGAGAUCAUUUUUAGUGGUUAUAGGAAAGAGCAAAGUUAGGGAGAGUUGAACUUCAGGCCUUUUAUUCCUGGAAAGAUAUCUAUAGAGAAAACUUUAAAAUAAUUUUUGAUUAGAAAUUUACAUGUGCCCAUGUAAUUACCAACAGAAUGUGCUCAUUCUGCAAGUAUGGUAUAAUCUGAACUUGUACUCCCCUAAAAUUUAUCAGAGUAACAAUUAUGCAUACAUGAACUAUGCCAGAGUAAUGUUUACAGAUACUUUGUAACCAAUUUCAGGAGGCAUUUUUUAGGUGGAUGUAUAGUUCCUAGCCCAACUUAUUUCAAAAUGGUUUGUUAACACGUUGCUUUGGUUUACAAUGUCUUGUUGAAUACAAAGAAGACUCAGCAGCAUAGGGAUUACCAAUAACCUUGAGCUUCAACUUUACAGAAAAGAGACAUUCAAAACUCCCCAUUUUAUUCUAUGAGAACAAUGGACUCAAUGUGUCGAUAAUGACAAAUUAUUUGCAGAAGGGUUGCAUAUGACACAAGUAAAUGGUCUGACCAAAAGUUUAGUUCAGUAGCAUGUGCUGUUUGGAGCCAUAUAAUGAAAUAUAUAUCCAAAAAUAAAUCUAAAUUCUUUCCACCUCAGACUACGGUAAUUGGCAAAAAAUGUGUGCAACAUUUCUGCUUCAGUACAGGUUUAAUCACUAGGGAUCUGUUUAAAGAAUGCACUCCGGCACAUAAUUGGACCUAUUCUUGAAGCAUGUGGAUAGUCUCUCAUGCUUUUUCAGAUAUUUGGAAGUCGCAUUAGGUCAAACUGGACUCCUCAAGUUUAGUCUAGAUUCCUUUUUUUGUGCUUAGAAUGAAACGUAAGCACAUUUCUUGGUAAACCCCCAUCCCACUAAAAUGCUUUAAGUCAGUUGGCUUUCACUCUCAUGCCUUAUUUCCUCCAAGGCAUGUCCCGAUUGCCCAGAAAUGCACUAUUUGUCUCAUUGCUUAAAUAUGUCCAGGAGGAAUGAUAAUGUAACUAAUAGACUACACACACAGUCUGUUUCCCUGGGGAGUUAUAUACCAUACGGUUACCAAAUUCUCCUGUCUAAAUUCCUUUUUUUCCAAAAAACCUGCUCUCGAGUGUCAAAUCAUACCAUCAGUUCAUAAAUAACAUAACCAUUGAAACAAUACAUCAGCCUCUCGUUGAUCCUCUGAAAGUAGCCAUUAUAGUAAUCAAACGCAGCGUGGACCGGAAAGGAAAGCAUUACCUUUAAGAGAAGCUUUAAAAUAGGAAUUUAUCAGUAUUCCACAAGAAAUAGGUUUACAGAAGACAUGAUGCAAAUAAAACGUGUAUACCAUUCGCCCGAUGCUAUGGGGUACGUGAUUUCAAAAACAACGAUGAUGACUCCCUUAGACCUGGAGCCAUUAGCGUAGAAAAGAUGGGCUUUAAAGAUGUUACGAUGUAAGCAGACGUUCCGUGUGGAAGUGUCCCCGUCUGCAUUUAAUGAGGAGUUCUGGAUGGGGGAGGCGUGGCGGCAGGAAGCGUUGUUACAGAUGUGACCCGAGACGGUCCUCCGGACGGCGGGCGAGCUUCUCAGUGGCCAAACCCUCAGCCCACGCCAAGCUUUGCCAACAUCCUUGUCCUCCCCUGAACUGAUAGAGCUUUGUGUGACAUGGCUGCUGAUCUAGUCUUCACUUAGAGUUUAUCAGCUGAAAGGUUUACAGAACUGAGUCUGCUUGAAUCUCUGUGUAGCGUUCAACUCUAAAGGGUCAACCCGUCUGUCGGCAUUUUGCACACUUAUGUAUUAUUAUGAUGCAGCAUAUUACUUUAUGGCAAUUUUUAUUUUUUACAUAUAACUACCUCCAUAAAUUUGAUGAAACGGCAGCAGUGUGUUUAAAGUGUAUUGUUCAGAAAAGCAAAGUUGAAAACCUCCGUAGACAUGAGGCCAUGGCGUUCCGUGUGUGUGUCAGUGACUGCCCCUGUAGACUCGUGACUUCUUCAUGGCUGUGGUUUGGUUUUACGGCAUUAUUGCGCUUUCAGAUGUAAACCUGUCUCUCCUCUCUUUCCCACGAAAGCACACUUGAUUUUGUUACCAACGAAAGGAAGUUGGAAUCUCUGGUCUUUUCCCACCGCCCCACCCCCACCCCACUCCUGCUAAGAGUUCUCCCCCGGGGGGAAGAGCCGAGCCGAUCGGUAAACAUAAUUUAGCAAGCUCUUUCGUCCUGUCAGAAUCGGAUGUGGAAAUUCUAGGUUUUCAGUAACUGAAGACACACAACAAAUUUGGACUGUGCUGGCUUUGAAGUACUUUGGGCCUCUCUGCCUUCACUCACAUGCUAGCAUCCCGAGCCCAAAUGUCAUCUUAAUUAAAAGAGCUGUGUUCCGUUAAAUACUUUGUAUUCCAUUUUAUAUAUUUUGCACAUCUCAGGGUACCUCAAUGAGCAUAUGAAAAGGGGGGGUGCCAUCGAAUAGAGAAGACAGCUAGAGGAGCUGAAUGGGGACCAAACAAGAUAAAAAUACCAAAUUACUGCUUCUCUGAUGUUGUGAAGUCCAAGUUCAGGAGGCAUAAAUUCAAGGUUAAUCUGGACUAACAAUGAUCUGAACACCAGCUGUUCCCAAGUCUCCCUUUCUCAGAGCCCAACCAGCGGUUCAAGGAUGUAAAUUCAAAUUCUAUCGCAACCGCCAGGGGGAGGAAAAACCUGUUGGAUGAAAAGGAAAGCAUUGUGUGUUUUUUGGUUUGGUUUGGUUUGGUUUGGUUUUAGGUUGGCACAGCUUUGUAAAAUCCUACCCAGAAUAAACCACUUAUUGCCACCAAGUGUACUUGAAAAUAAAGUUUUUAACCUAAAUUAUAGGCGUAUAGCUCACAAUAGUGAACCUAUUUUGAAAAGUCUCGCCAUUUAUAACAUGGGCAGUAUUUUGAGCUUGAUGAAAAGCCAACAACAAGCGAUCAUGACUUCGCCAGUUCAUUUUGGGAUCUCAAAGUGCUUCCAAAGCAUUCAGAUUGACAGACAGUUAACUAAGCAGGUCCUAUUUGUAAUACCCAUACUUGAAAUGGAGAGAGAGAAGGAGGGACCUCAGAUUACCCAGAAAUUUCCGUGGCAGCUACCAGUGAUCUGUUUUCUAUCUGUUUGAUAGACCCUCAUGAGAAAUCACUAAAUACAAUGCUAUUUUUCUGAUGUGUGCUAAUAAAGUCAAAGAAAACAAAUAACAACUGUACACUCUUGUCCAUUUUCAUUCCAACAGUUCAGGGUGUUUGGAAUUUUGCAAAACCCACCCAAAUGCUGUUGCGGUCAGAGGCAGGUCCUAGACGUACACCCUUGUUUACAGUUUCCUAUUGGGCUUUGGUAAUUCCUGUGCGAAAUACCAUCCUUCAGGAACAUGACUGCUCUGGGCAGUGGAAAGGUGCUGAAACAGGAACUGUAAUUUAAAAAGUUUAUCAAGUACUCUUGACUGUGCUACUUGAGCACACUACAGUAUAUUGAGUCCUACCCGGAAGAAUCUGGAUUUCCAAGGGAGCCGACCUAGUUCUCAGUGUUUCCUCAAAGUCGGGGAUACCAGAUCCUUGCCGAGGACCUUCUCCAUUGCCACGGGCCAGUCACAGAACCAGCUAACAGCACGCUGUCCCUCAGACAACAGAGUCCCAAGCAGAAGUGAUCCUGUCCUCUGGUUCCCCCACCUCCCAUCCCCCGCCUACCCAACCCCCUACCCCAGCCACCGCCCUGCCCAUUCUCUUCUGUUAGCAAGCCAGGUGUCUGCACGUGUUUAGGACUUGGGGAAGCUAGAACACAGGAAGAACGAAUCCAAAAGCAUGGAAAACCUUGUUUUGCCUGGGGUUAGUAAAAUACAGGCAGGAAGGAGAUUACCAUCGGUCUGAUCUUUGCCAAGUUAGAUUAAAGAAUCAGCCGUCGCUCUGUCAUUCUCUCAGAAGGUUUUACAGAAUGAAGGAUACAUCCAGUUUUUUCCCAUAGAUUUUUAUUUGGAGACAUUUCAUAAAUUAUAUAUGCGAAAAAACUUCAUGAUGUAAUUUCCUGGAGUGUUUGAAAUAGGCUUGGCAUCUCCCCGAUUGAGUUCACCUCUGCAUCUUUUGCAGCAGCAGCCCAGAGAGAGAUUCCCAGUUAUCGACCCUCUAACACAUAAUCCUGUGCUUUCACAGUUGUUCCGUGACUUACAGUUGCUGAUUGGCAGGGUUGAGAAUUCUAUAAGGCUCAAGGGGGACUAAACCUUGUGAUUGUAUAUUAUCAGUUCUAGGGCUUCAACUGCUCAUUUUUGGCUUCCAGUGAGAACACACACACACCCUGCCAAGGAGGGAAGGGGAGCUCCACAAGUGAGGCAGCAAAUGUAAGGCUAGAUGGUUGGCUGGUCCAUGCACAGCUGCCUACCCCCCUGACUAAAGGCUGACCUUGGCAUCCCAGUUCCUUUGCUCCCACCCAGAAGAGGUACCAAAUCUGAGAUCUGAGAGCUCCUUUAGUAUCAGUCCUCUGCAGUUACGGGAAAUUCACGAAGUAUACACUCAGCAGCUCCUUGCCCACCUGUCUUCCCAGGUCCUUACUCCCUGCCUCUGUCCCACUCCCCCACCUAGACACUGAUCCACCACCACGGUUUCCACCGUGGAAGGGCAAAACAGUGUGUGGUAUCAUGCACACGUGAUGGGUGAGGACUAGAGCUGCCCUCCGGUCACCUUCAUGUAAGUAUUGACAGCUACAAGUUAAGGUCCUUAGAGUAGUUGACAUAGACACUACUUUCUAGGAGAGAAUUACAUUUCAACCGUUAAGUUUAAAGGGAUCAUAAUUCUGCAGGUAUCUUUCUCCGAGUGACUGAAUGUGACUAUUGCAUUGGGGUAAAUUAAUUAAGACGUGCAAGUGGGAUUUACUGUAUGUUAGAAAGGAGUUUUGCAGCCAAGACUGCCUUGAAUAAAAUGUGUUUGCACUGAAAAAAAAAAACAAAACAAAACUUUAAAUUACUUGGUCUCUGGUUGCUGUAAAGGUCAUCCAAGAUGGAUGUUCUGUUUAUAUUGUAUAGUAUUUCAUAUGAAAUAAUUACAGUUCAUGAAAUGUCUUCCCUAAUGUUACUGAUUUACGACAGCACAUUUGUAACAUGGUUUUUAUCGUGUCGGUGUGCCAUAUUGUAAAUGAUGAUGGCUUGUCAUGCUUAGUAUAAUAACUUAAGAGGAAAAAAAGCACAGGGAUUUUUGUAAGUCUAUAUUUGAAAGUCCCUCCAUAUGGUAAUAUUGUGUUCAUGUUGUUUAUGUAGUGUUGUGUGAAAUAUCCAUUUUGGAUUGUGUUACUUUUUAAGAUAUUAAAUAACAUUUGGUUAUA